AUGUUGGGUUUGCUUAAGGCCAGGUUUAUGUUCACCUCCAGCAAUGAUGAGAACGAAGAUUACGCUUCUUUUUUGAUCAAACACGGUGACAACGUUAAGGAUGUAGCGUUCAAAGUCAAUGAUCUCAACUCAACUCUCCAAUGUAUACUGAAGAAUGGAGGAUAUUUAUUGAGUGAUGCUAAAACUUUAAGCGACAAAUUCGGUUCCGUUGAGAUAGCGACUGUUGCAACAGCACAAAGUGAUAUGCGUCAUACACUGAUUGAAGCGCACAACUACAAGGGCAUAUUCCUACCUGGAUUUAGCGCGUACAAAAAUAAUUUUUUAGCCGAGAAACUGGAAAGAAUUCCAGUUGCCACACUAGAUCAUGUUGUUGAGAAUUUCCCCGUUGGCGGUAUGGACGAUGUAACAAAAUGGUAUCAUGAUACACUUAAUCUUCAACGAUUUUGGUCAAUCGAUGAGAAUGUUUGUCAUUCAGAGUAUUCAGCGAUGAAAUCAAUUCUAUUAACAAAUCCAUCGCAUUCCAUACAAGUGGCUAUAGCUGAGCCAGUACCGAAUACAAAACGAGGUAGAUCUCAAAUACAGGUGAACGAUCAACUCAAUUAG